AUGCGAUACAGAAGACCUUGUCCUCGGGAACCCAUCAGACGGAGUGAAGAUGGCCGAACAAAGCAGAUCGGAAUGAGUAUGGUGGAAAAGCCUGAACCCGAAAGGUUGGACAGUGGGAAGCAUAUCAGGUGUUCAAAACGUCUCUCCUUCCGUCUUUCCCUGUAUCCCCUUGGGAUGAGUGGAUUGGGAACAGAGGAGAUAGAGCACAACGCUCAGAAAGAGGCUAAGCGCUAA